AGUGCGGCUUGUUUUCCCGGCUGGGCUCUGGAGCGGCGGGUGCGGCGCGAUGCACGGGUACCCGGGAGCGGACGGCUGCGAGCCCCGAUGAAGCCCGAGCGGCCCCAGCCCGAUGGAGGCGCCUCCGUGGGAGCCGGUGCGCAACGAUUCGCUGCCACCCACGCUGAGCCCGGCCGUGCCGCCCUAUGUGAAGCUUGGCCUGACUGCGGUCUACACUGCCUUCUACGCUCUCCUCUUCGUGUUCAUCUACGCGCAGCUCUGGCUGGUGCUGCGCUACCGCCACAAACGACUCAGCUACCAGAGCGUCUUCCUCUUCCUCUGCCUCUUCUGGGCCUCGCUGCGUACUGUGCUCUUCUCCUUUUACUUCCGAGACUUCGUGGCGGCCAACUCGUUCAGCCCUUUCGUCUUCUGGCUGCUCUACUGCUUCCCCGUGUGUCUGCAGUUCUUCACCCUCACGCUUAUGAACUUAUACUUCACCCAGGUGAUUUUCAAAGCCAAGUCAAAAUAUUCUCCAGAAUUACUCAAGUAUCGGUUACCCCUCUACCUGGCCUCGCUCUUCAUCAGCCUUGUGUUCCUGCUGGUGAAUCUGACCUGCGCUGUGCUGGUGAAGACGGGAACCUGGGAAAGGAAAGUUAUCGUCUCUGUGAGAGUGGCCAUCAAUGAUACACUCUUUGUGCUGUGUGCCGUCUCUCUCUCCAUCUGCCUCUACAAAAUCUCCAAGAUGUCCCUAGCCAACAUCUACCUGGAGUCAAAGGGCUCAUCGGUGUGUCAGGUGACUGCUGUCGGUGUCACCGUCAUCUUGCUCUACACCUCUCGGGCCUGCUACAAUCUGUUCAUCUUGUCGUUUUCGCAGAUCAAGAAUGUCCACUCCUUUGAUUAUGACUGGUAUAAUGUAUCAGACCAGGCAGACCUGAAGAGCCAGCUGGGUGAUGCCGGCUAUGUAGUGUUCGGCGUGGUGCUUUUCGUGUGGGAGCUCCUACCCACCACCUUGGUGGUCUACUUCUUCCGAGUCAGAAGCCCCACGAAGGACCUUACCAGCCCUGGGAUGGUCCCUAGCCAUGGAUUCAGCCCCAGGUCUUACUUCUUUGACAACCCCCGAAGAUACGACAGUGAUGAUGAUCUUGCCUGGAACAUUGCUCCUCAGGGACUUCAGGGAAGUUUUGCUCCAGACUACUAUGAUUGGGGACAACAAGGUAACAGCUCCCUGGCCCAAGCAGGAACUCUGCAGCAAGACUCCACUUUGGAUCCAGACAAAGCCAGCCAAGGGUAGUACCAGCUGACAGUCCUGUGCAAGAGUCCUCUGUUGGAAACCUUCAGCCAGACUGGAUGACAGCUGAGUUUUUAGGGCACUUUUCCUUAUGAAACAGACUCCAGUUUUUUUUUUUUUUUGCAAUAGCUUUCUCAAGGCUAGGUAGGACUAAGCAAUAAUUCAGAGUGAUAAACUCUUAACUUUAGUACUAGCAGAGAGCCUGGCUAUUUCAGUGGGUAUAAUUUAAACUUUUAAAAGAGAUUCUGGUCUUUUAUAAAGAUGUAUUUUGUAUAACUUAAAUACUAAUGCUAAAGUAUACUAGGUUUUUUCCUUGAUUGUUAUUGCAAUGUUGUAGUUUGCACAGAUUUUCAUGCAUAAUUCACUUUAGAACGUAUAGAAUACGUGGUCUAACAGUUUAAAGAUCCUUCCGUCUGAAGGUCAUUGAAGGUCCCAGUGAUUGUGACGCCUGUAACUGCCACUCCAGUGUUGAAAGUCUAGGGAAGCAGGGGACGGUGGUCUGUAGUAACAGGCUCCACAGCAGCAGUCUCUCCUGAACCCUGCCCAUAGCCUGGUGCUUCUUCACCGACAGCACUACUGUACGCACUCCAGGAACAAACAGAAGCUGUCAAGAUGCACUCGCCAACACUAGUCGGCCGCCUCGGCCGUGUAGGUAGCCACUUUGUAGUUUUCUUCAGCCCAGUUUAACUGAAAACUCACUACCUCAGGAGGAAGGUGAGAGUGCCUUCCCUGACUCAGCCAGUGCUCGCUAUAGCCAACAGUAAGCCACGGGCUCCCCACAGAGUGUUAACAAUAAACAUUUCUGGCCCUCAA